CUGCAGUCCAUCAACCAUCAUCUAUCGCGUCGACACCGCAUCUUCAGUCUCCGCCUCAGGUCGUUCCACCAUGGCGUCAAAGGCUGGAAAGGCUCAGAUGGAGCUCAAUCCCCGCGGCAUCCCUCGCGCGCCCUUCGUCGACAAUGUCGAGGAAUAUGUCGGCGGCAAGGAUGCGGAGAUCGACGGCGUGAUCAAGAAGUUCCAAGAGACAUCGGCGAAGUACCGCUACAUGGAGCUGAAUCUGCAGCAGCGGCGCAAAGCGUUGCUGGCGAAGAUUCCCGAUAUGGAGCAGACGCUGUCGGUUGUCAACUUCCUGGCGGCGCGGCGACGAAAGGCGCUCGGGGAGGAGGAGGAGGAGGAGAAGGGCGAUGGUAGCGAUCUGGAGGACGACGACAUCGACGCGCUGCUCGAUGGCGAGGACGAGGAUGACAAGGAGAAGCCCCUGACGACACUGUUCGAGCUCAACGACACGCUGUACGCCGAGGCGCAGGUGCAGGAGACGGGCGAGGUUGGGUUGUGGCUGGGAGCAAACACUAUGCUCAUGUACCCCCUUGGGGAGGCGGCCGAGCUGCUGAGUAGCAAGCUGUCAGGCGCGAAGAAGAACCUUGCCGAGGUUGUCGAGGACCUCGAGUGGAUUCGCGAACAAGUCACCGUCAUGGAGGUCAACUUUGCGCGUGUGCACAAUUGGGACGUCAAGCGCCGCCGCGACCGCAAGACGACGGAGUCGCACCUGAGGACGAAGGGAGACGAUAGCGAUGACGAAAAGUAAAGCAUAGACUUGCAUGCGAUACCCAACAUUCUAGCUCUAAGUCAAACGUGCCUAGUAUAGACUGUGCAGCCC